UGUAUUAACCUCCCUACUGUCGUUACUGACUCGUCGGCUACAUUCAGACAUGGCGGGUUUACCGCCCGGAGACCCGCAGUUGGUCUCAAUGAUCGUCAGUCAUUUAAAAACACAGGGUCUCUUCGACCAGUUCAGGAGGGACUGCCUGGCAGACGUCGACACGAAGCCAGCUUACCUGAACUUGAAACAAAGAGUGGACAACUUUGUCUCAAAUCACCUCUCAAACCACACAUGGAGCCCUCAUUUGAACAAGAACCAGCUGAGAAACAACAUCAGGCAACUCGUGCUGCAAUCUGGGAUGCUGGAGCAAGGGGUGGACAGGAUCGUGGCCCAAGUGGUGGAUCCAAAAGUCAACCACCUGUUCAGGCCGCAGGUGGAGAGGGUCGUCCGUGAAUUUCUGUCACCUGGUAGCUGCUCCGAGGAGCCGCCGCUGCCACCGCCUAUAACAGAGACCACACCAGAUGUCAGCAUUCCUGAGCCAGCUUCGUCGUCCGCGCCGGCUACCACUUCGGCCAGCAACGCCAUGUCCAUCCUGGACACCAUCACCUCUCUUAACCAGGAGGCCAGCUCCAGGGCCAGCUCAGAUAGAGGGCGUAGGGGCCAAGACGAGCCCAUGCAACUGGUGGAGGAUGGCGAGCAGGACAUGAGCCUUGACGAGGAAGGGGACGACCACCUUGACGGGAGGACACUCGAGGAUGCAGAGGAGCUGGCGCCAGAGGUCCAGACGUUCGAAGUGAAGACGGAGGACUCUCAGGAGCACGUGGAUCUGGGGAAGGAGGGGUUAAUAGAGGAGGUGAAGAUGGAAGAGGUUGAGACGGGAGCUCAGGAGCAGACAGAGGAGGAGAGGGAGAGAGCUGCCGGCAAAACAACAGGAAAAGCCACAGAAGAGAAGCAGGAGGACGAUCUGCUGAAAUCUGCCAGUCAGGCCAAGCAGAAAAACAGAGAGAGGAUAAAGGAAGAAUACUUUUUGGAGGACUCUGACCUGGACGGUCUGAGUGACAUCACGGUGAGCUCCGUCCACACCAGCGACCUGUCGUCAUUCGAGGAACAAAGUGAAGAUGACGAGCUGCCGUCUGAUUCUUCGGAAGAGGGGGAACUUCAAUCGGAUGAUCAAGAUGAGGGAGCAGAACAGAAACAAGGCAGUGGAGAAGCAGAAGCAGAAGAACAGUGUAAACCUCGCCGCAAGGCUUAUGUUCAUAAGCCCUUCCUCUACUCGCGUUACUAUAGCGACUCGGAUGAUGAAAUCACUGUGGAAGAACAUCGAAGAAGUGCGGCGAAGGACAAGGAGGAAAGGCUGUUCAAGAGACAGCAGAACAGAGAGCGAAUGGAAGAGAAGCGUAAACAGAAAGCCGUGCAGGCGGAAGAACAAGAUCUGAAAAGACAAAAGGGCGGAGAUUUUGGCGAGCUGGACGGCCCCAGAGUCAAAGAGGCUCGCAAAGAAAGAAAGGUUCUGGAGAAGAAAAUGGCUCUCAAUAGGAAGAGGAAGUUAGACUCAAGGAAAGAGGAAGAUGUUUCGAGCAAAAAGAGAGGAGAUACAGAAGGAUCCAAGAAAGCGGAAGUGAAAUCUACAGCCUCAAAGCCCCCACAACCGCAUUUGUUAAGAAAUCUGUCAGAAUCUGCAUCGUCUGAUGAAAGGGACAGGAGGGUGAGCGGCAGCCUCUCAGAGGACUCCAGUGAAACCAAAAAGCUCUCUGACAAAGGCCGAACUCACUCCUUCAUCCUGGAGUUGGAGCAGGGAUCCCAGGAGGGUCUCAAACAGCGCUCAGUUGGGAAAUUUGAUAGGUUGUCCCGUAAAGAACUUCACUUUAAAGAACGCAAAGAGAAAGAACGCAGCUUAUCAGAUGAACGUGCCAAACUCAAACAAAAGCCGGAGAAAAAAUCUGAACAUCAGGCUGAUGAACCUCAGCAGAAGGAAGGUGCUGCUGCUAAAGUAACCGCUGAAGAGAAAGGGGAGAAGAAAUUUAAGAUUAAAAGUGAGAAGAAAAUGUCUACGGCCCCAAGAGAAGGAAAGUUGUCCCUGUCGGAAGGCGUGGCAGACGAGGGUCCAAGAGAUGCUACUGUCAAGAAGUCAAAAGCUCCAACUGUGGAGACUGUCAAAGCAGAGAAGGACAAAAGUAAAGAAAAGGAGAAGGAUAAGAGCAAGGAAAAGGCUAAAGGAGAGAAGAAAAUUGAUUUCAAGCAGCUGCUGCGUCCUGAUUCUGUCUGCUCUUCUGAGGAUCGGUCUGACAUGGAGCCCGGGUUCGACAGCAGCAAGAAGAAAGAUAAACACUCCAAGGAAGUCCUGAAAAGGUCAAAGAGUCACACUGAGGAAAAGCCAGGAGACAAACCCAAAUCUAAAAGCGAUAAUAAAGACGGCGAGAAGGAAAAGACUAAAGCCGAUCAGGACAGCCAGAAAUCAAACAAGUCCAGCUCUGAAAUGGACAAAGAUCCAAAAAGGGCCAAGCCAACAGAUAAAUUAAGAAUCGCGGAAAAAUCAAAAUCAAAAUCCAAAGAGGAAACAAAGACUCUAUUGUUAUCGAAGACGGAUAAUAAAGUUCAGAGUUCAGAAGUCAAAAGCACAGGAGGCGCUCCCAUCAGCAAACCUGAGAAGAAGAAAGAGGGAAAUGCAAAGGAACAGCGGAAAGGCUCCGAGGAACCUCUCCAGGAGAAACCGGAAGUUAAGAGUGGAAAGAAAAAAACUGAGAAGAAGGAUAAAGCCCCAGAAAAGAAAGAUGACGGCCAAGAAGAGACGAAAACACCCCGAGAAGACAAACUGGAAAAGUCUGAUAAAUCUUCAAAGUCGUCCGUUUCCUCCCUCGAUGGCGAGGAGCUGCCGAAGAAACGCUCUCUUCUCCAAGACGCGAGCACGGACUCCGACCCCGUCACCGCCACGGUCACCGCCACGGUCACCGCCUCGUUCACCACCUCGUUCUCGGACGAUACUUGCGACGCGUUAAGCGACAUCACCCCCGAGCCCCCGGAAGGCGAAUCCGAGUCGCCGCAGAGCGACGCGCCGGCUGUGUCGGCCGACGCUCUGCUGGCGCUCGUGGACGCUUGCACCUCAGCAGAGGCGAGACUUGCGCCUGAGAGCAGUCGGGAGGACGCGGUGCCCGAGAUGACUCUGCAGGACGCGGAUAUGAAGAUGAAAGAGGCAGCUCUGACUCUGCUCUCCAUGGAUCCUGACAGUACAGUGUCCUCCGCCUUAAUUUGCCACGAUACCAGGGAAGACCAGGAGGGGAAUCCGACUGCCCCCCUGCAAACCACUGGAACCACUGGGACCCCUGGAACCACUGCAGCGGAACCAGGAGAGCCUCCUAUGGAUGUGCAAACCGCUGCUGAAGCGGAGUUUGCAGCCUCUGAGCCGUCACAACAAACUGUGGACGAAAAAACAAACGCUACAGAGACGGAAAUGGAUGUGGCAACGGCUGAAGUAUCUGAGUCUCUCGCUCCACAGGAGGAUGACACCUCCUCAAGUGACUGUCAGGCUCUUUUAAAUGAGGGUGAAGCCAAAUGUGCAGAAAAUGCUCCUGAAGCACAGCCGGAUGGAAACAUGGCACCGACAGCAGAAUCUGGCAAAGAAGCUGAUGGUGCUGUUGUGUCUGAAGCAGAAGAGGUCAGAGGAACCACCGAUGGAAGCACAAUUGCAGCUGCUUCUGAAAUCACUGUACAGGCCUCAGAAAUGAGCAGUAAACAAGAGCAAACUGAGCCAAAUGUUACAGACACAAAGACGAGCCCAACGGCAGAGGAAAUGGUAGCUGAGGACAACCAGGCCAAGACGGACGUAGCUGAUUGUGAAGCUGAGAGUAAGACAGUGGAGGAAGAAAAUGUUGCAGAAGAGAAGAUUGAUCCACAAAUUAUGGAACACAAUGUCCUCCUGGAGAUGGAGGAGAUCAGAGAAAGUGGAUCUGAGAGUCAGUCCAAACUGGUCAAACAAAUCAGUAAUGUCUCCAGUGCAGACAGUCAGGAGGAGGAGAAGGGAUCCGACCUGUCAGAAAAGGAAGAGAAGACGAAGGGAAGAGGAAGACGCAAACAGAAGUUGUCCACUCGGAAAGUUGCAGCAGUAAAAGAACCUGGUGAUGAGGGUGAAAGGGAAAGUAAAGAGCAACCGUCUGCUGGGGACACGGAUCAGGAGAAGUGUGUGGAGGUCAGAACACCACGCAGGGGUCGAUCAUCUCAACCCACCGGGGGGGCAGAGAAGGACCGACACAAAGAACCUGAGAAAUUAGAGGAAACUUCCAGCCGCUUGGGAAGACAUUCAGAAGCUGCUGCGAAAGAGCCCACAGCUGAUACUCAGAAGGAUGAGAGUCAGGACAAGGAGAUUCAAGGAGUCCAUCUUCCAUCUUCUGUUCCAGACGGCACUGAAGCUGCAGGAGGCUCUGACUCCAAAGAAACCACUGACACACGUAAACCAGCAAUGAAGAGGAAGAGAUCAGAGAAAAUGGAGGAAUAUGUAGAGGAGCCUGUAGUGGAGCCUGUAGUGGAGCCUGUAGUGGAGCCUGUGGAGGAGCCUGUGGAGGAGCCUGUGGAUGCACCUGUAGAGGAACCUAUGGAGGAACCUAUGGAGGAGCCUGUAGAGGAACAUAUGGAGGAGCCUGUAGAGGAAACUGUAGAGGAAACUGUGGAGGCACCUGUAGAGGAACCGAUGGAGGAGCCUGUGGAGGAGCCUCUGGAGGAACCUGUAGAGGAGCCUCUGGAGGAACCUGUAGAGGAGCCUGUGGAGGCACCUGUAGAGGAACCGAUGGAGGAGCCUGUGGAGGAACCUGUGGAGGAACCUGUAGAGGAGCCUGUGAAGGCACCUGUGGAGGAACCUGUGAAAGCGCCUGCAGAGGAACCUGUGAAGGAACCUGUGAAGGAACCUGUGGAGGAACCUAUGGAGGAACAUGUAGAGGAACCUGUAGAAGAGCUUGUGAAAGAGCCUGUGGAGGAACCUGUAGAGGAGCCUGCAGAGGAACCUGUAGUGGAACCUGCAGAGGAACCUGUGAAGGAACCUGUGGAGGAACCUAUGGAGGGGCCUGUGAAGGAGUCUGUGCAGGAACCUUUGGAGGAACAUGUAGAGGAACCUGUAGAGGAGCUUGUGAAAGAGCCUGUGGAGGAACCUGUAGAGGAGCCUGUGAAGGAACCUUUGGAGGAGCCUGCAGAGGAACCUGUGAAGGAACCUGUAGUGGAACCUGCAGAGGAACCUGUGAAGGAACCUGUGGAGGAACCUAUGGAGGGGCCUGUGAAGGAGUCUGUGCAGGAACCUGUGGAGGAACCUGUAGAGGAGCCUGUGAAGGAACCUUUGGAGGAGCCUGCAGAGGAACCUGUAGGGGAACCUGUAGAGGAGCCUGCAGAGGAACCUGUGGAGGAACCUGUGGAGGAACCUAUGGAGGGGCCUGUGAAGGAGUCUGUGCAGGAACCUUUGGAGGAACAUGUAAAGGAACCUGUAGAGGAGCUUGUGAAGGAACCUUUGGAGGAGCCUGCAGAGGAACCUGUAGAGGAACCAGUAGAGGAACCAGUAGAGGAACCUGUAGAGGAACCAGUAGAGGAACCAGUAGAGGAACCUGUAGAGGAGCCUGUGAAGGAGCCUGCAGAGGAACCUGUAGAGGAGCUUGUGAAAGAGCCUGUGGAGGAACCUGUAGUGGAGCCUGUGAAGGAACCUUUGGAGGAGCCUGCGAAGGAACCAGUAGAGGAACCUGUAGAGGAACCAGUAGAGGAACCAGUAGAGGAACCUGCAGAGGAACCUGUGAAAGAACCUGUUGAGGAGCCUGCAGAGGAACCUGUAGAGGAGCUUGUGAAAGAGCCUGUGGAGGAACCUGUAGUGGAGCCUGUGAAGGAACCUUUGGAGGAGCCUGCGAAGGAACCUGUAGAGGAACCUGUAGAGGAGCCUGCAGAGGAACCUGUGAAGGAACCUGUAGUGGAGCCUGUGAAGGAACCUUUGGAGGAGCCUGCGAAGGAACCUGUAGAGGAACCUGUAGAGGAGCCUGCAGAGGAGCCUGCAGAGGAACCUGUGAAGGAACCUGUAGUGGAGCCUGUGAAAGAACCUGUUGAGGAGCCUGCAGAGGAACCUGUGAAGGAACCUGUAGUGGAGCCUGUGAAGGAACCUUUGGAGGAGCCUGCGAAGGAACCUGUAGAGGAACCUGCAGAGGAGCCUGCGGAGGAACCUGUGGAGGAACCUGUAGUGGAGCCUGUGAAGGAACCUGUUGAGGAGCCUGCAGAGGAACCUAUGGAGGCUGAAGAGGAGCGAAAGAAGGACAACUGUCAACAGGAACAAAGUGUGGAACAAGCUGACAGUGGUGAUAAAAAUGCAGAAGAAAGCGAGCAGAAUGAUGAGGAGGAGGAGGAGGAGGACGAUGAUGGUGAGAAAGAGGAGGAAGAAAAAGGAACUGCAACCAGAGCGACUACACGGGCAGCAUCUCGCCUGGAGGCUGAAAGAAACAGGCCAAGUAAACCAUCCACCCGGGCAAGUCGACAGAACGGUAAAGAGGAGACCGCAGCUGGCACACGCGGGACGAGGGGCCAGGGGGCGAAGGGGGGCCGUAAACGGGAGGCCAGCCCCCCUGCGGUGCGAACACGGGGCGGACAGAAAUCAGAGGAGCCCCCUUCCAAGAGAGCCAAACGCUAAAACCUCAGACAGCAUUGGACUGAUUCGCAGCAGCAGCGUUUUCUCUCUGCACUCCAUAUUCAAGUCAGUUUUUGUGAUCGGGGGUGUCAAAGAGCCUCGGCGCGUAAAGCCGGUUCGGCUUCAUUUACUGUAGAUAUUGAAAAGCUCUGGAUGCUAUUAGGCUCUCUCUCCUCUGAUGGUCGAGUGUAAACCUGAGGAUCCGUGGAGGAAUCCUUCUACUGCACUACGCCCAUAUGGUUUGGAUCAGACUUCAUCAUUGCUCUGCUUAUUCAGUAAGGCCAGGUGGAUCAUUGAAUUUCAGCCCAAUCAAAGGCCUAACGUGCAGCCAAGUCGUGCUUUAAGAUAAAGAGGGUGAACUGAAAUUGGAGGCCAGAGUGUGUCUUUGUUCCAAAUCCAAACACUUGUACAGAGAAAUCACUGUGAGACAUCUUCGCUUUCAUUGUGAAUAAUAUUUCUCAAUAUUCAUUCUGUGAAUGAAAUGAGUUUUCCUCCCACUUUUUUUACGUUUGUGUUUUUAUACGUAAUAUCCAAAAGGUAUGGGAAGUUUUUUUAAAUAACGGCAGUAUACGUCACGUUUCUCUAUAAACUGUUUCUAAAUGGAGUUAUUUCUAUUGUUUUAGAGUUAACUGUUUAUCAAUACAAUUGUUAGAUAUCUCGCCUAUCUGUCAAAGGCAUGUUUUUCAUCUAAAAAUACUGAAUAUUGCUUCCUUUAGUUAUUGUUUUAAGCAACUUCAGAUUCCUAUUUCAGCCUGUUGUGAAUUUCUGUUUCAAAAAUACAUUUUUAAAAAGGAAAUAAUGGGAGACCAAUUUGCUUUCAUUUGCUUCUGUGACAUCUCACUGUUACACGUUUCGACUGACGGACCAAUAGUGAAAACUAAACUGUAUUUUCUUCAGAUGGUGCAUAGCCGUUUUAAACUGUGUUUCUUCUGUUUUUCAAAAAACUAGAAAUCUGAAAUAUUUGUUUAUGAAAAGAUAAAAUAGUGCUCAGGGUAGAAUAUCCAGAUUAGAAGUAUUUCACCCCUAUUAUGUCUUGAGCGUUAUCUCCCCUGUGUUUCCUAAAUGGAUGUGCUGUCUGUGAAUGUGUAAAUAGCCAAAGACAUUAACCAAUUGCCUCUGAGCGGAGAAGAGGAGAGGACAUUCCUGCUCGCUAAUGGGGGAUAAAGCUGACAACUCCGAAUGAAAUAUUCCACCAUCAUUAACGCAUUAGGAGGCUUUAAUCGCUGCACCUGAAUUUACGUGAUCCAGGAAGCUCAGAGGAGUUACAGAGAGAGGGAGUUCUCUGGGUGAGGGUUUGGGCCCAUUCCUGUGGAUUGCUAAAUUAGACUCCUUAAAGGUGUACCUCUCAGGUAUUUCCUGGAGCCUUAAAAUAUUAGCUCUAAUUUAAAGGCUUGGAUCGGCUUUCAUUUCGCCACCAGGUCUGGCAGACAAACAGCGCUCCUUUCACUCACUUGAGACAACAUUUUAUUAUACGUCGUUUGCAUUGUAGUCCAAAAUGAUUUUGGGAUUUGCCAAGCGGCUUUCGGCUGCUGAGAAUCAGCAGUUUGAGGCACAUUAGAUGGAUUUAUAGGCAACAUGUUUUAUGGAUGAGAUGGCGAAAUGCCUUCAGCUCAGCGGGGACCUCACGCAGCAAGAAUUUAGAAAGUAGCAACGCAGGCUAAUAUCUAAAUAUAUCGAAUUAACGGCUGCUGCUAAAAUAUGGACACGUGCUAACCGGCUUUUAGGUGCUUUGAAUCUACUGUACCGAAAAGUAUUUUCACUUGUACUGUAAGAAAAGAAGUGUUUGCUCUCAACCACAACCAAGUCAAACGUUUACUUGUUUUUCAACAUCGUCUUCAUCAGGAUGGUGUCUGAAGUGGUUUCUAGUUUAGUUGAAUACAGUCCAUGGAUCAGUUAUGUUACUCAUAGAUCAACUAUUCUUCUGCAGAUUUACAAUAUGAACAUUAAACAAAAGAUUCAACCUCUGACUGGCUGACUAAUGGUUAAGAUGAAACCCUGUGAUGGGCAUUGUUUAUAUGUUAUAAGUUAUUUUGAAAAGAUGAUGGGAGUGUUAUUUAGUCGACUUAAUAUUGAUGGAGAUCUAUAAGUCACAGACUGGUGUGUAAUGUAUUCAUGCACAUUUUUACUCUAGUAGAAAUUACACAAGUAUUAGUAUCAGAAUAUACUCAAAGUACCAAAAGUCUUGUGCAGAGUGGUGUGUAUUAUAUUAUUGUAUUUUCAGUACAGUGCAGGUCUCUUCCUAAUGGGUGGUACUGGUCAUGUGGAUUCUGGCAGGACAAACUGCACCGACCUCACUUCAGCAUCUACAUGCGAAGAGAGAAAAAGAAAAGGAGACUGAUACAAGACACCAACAACAUAAGCUGCCUCGAACCUCCUCACUUCUCCUCACUUUCUGCAGUUGAUCCAGCGGAGAGAUGGUGGUUUCACACAGCUGUCAAAGGGAAUCGAGGAAACUGCCGAGGGGAUCCUCGCCGGCUGCAGGGAUCAGGGGGCUCGCUCGCUCGCUGCUGCCUCGCGGCACCGGGAGGGGUCUUUCCUCGACUGGGGAUUCGGGCCAGCGCUGAACAUAAUGCUCCUCCAUUCAGCCGCUCCUCUCUCAAGACAUAAAAGUUAACAGGUGUUUCACGUCAGAAGUGUUUCAUGCGAGAGUCGUAGAAAUAGCCCGCGACGGGCGGCAGGGAGGGGCGACGCCUUUGUUCUUUCGUCUCCUUUUUCUUUUGCAGUAUUGAAAUAGUUCUGCAGUUGAGUUGAGAUUCAGAUCGACUGAUCUGAGGCUGCAGCAAGCACACGCAAGAGGGGCAGGAUGAUUUCUAACACACAUGUUUACUUUCCAACAUUUUGGGGUCAAAUUAAGUUGUUGCAGUGUCACUUUUUUGGGAAGUCAAACACGCAUUUUAUGUCUGGUCGUACGCAAAAUGGAAUUAAAAGAAGAAUGUACUUCACCUUGA